ACGUCCGCUUUUAACCCGGAAGCCGGUUGCCAUGUUGUGAGAGUAUUUUUUUAAGCUGUGAGAGUCGCUUUGGUCGGAGUUCCAAGUCAGAAACCGUGUCGUUUUCAGGGCGAGUAUGGAGUCCUAAAAUGGAUCUGAAUUUUUACUCGGAUCUGACGGAUGGGACCGGACAGCCAGGAGAUCCCGAGUUCCUGGACGCACAAGCCUUUAACGGGUUUGAUACAGUGCAAAAGUUUCCCGGAGGAAGCGACAACUUUUUGCCCAUCAGUGGAGAGGGCCAUCCUUUCUUGUCCUCCUCCGAGGUACCGCUCCACUCCACAUACUCCCUUCAAAUCCAGGAUGCCGAGACUUUCCACACUCCCAGUUUGGGUGACGAGGAGUUUGAGAUCCCGCCCAUCUCGCUCGACCCCGACUCGGCCCUCAGCGUUUCCGAUGUGGUGUCACACUUCGGAGAGCUGGGAGAUGGUGGUCCAGCCCCUGUCGUCCCUGGCAACGCCGUAGUGCAGGGUAACGACCCUUCCUUUGCCUCAACUUUUGUAAAUCCAACGACACAAGGGCUAGAGCAUUUGAGCCUGAUGACCCAGCAGGGAGGAGGACCGAUGCUGGGAUCAACUCUGGGAAUGGAUCUUGGGCAUCCCAUUGGCUCUCAGUUCAGCAGCUCCUCCCCCAUGGCCAUCGACGUGCCGCUCCCGGAUAUGAACCACGGCCUGCUGGGGCACAAUCCGCUGACCACCAUUGACCAGUCGGAGCUUAGCGCACAGCUGGGUCUCAGUCUAGGGAGCGGGACCAUUCUGACACGCACACACUCACCUGACCAGCCGCUGUCGGCCACCGGCUCGCCUUCGGAGUCUCUGCAGGAUGACGACAUGGACGACUUCAGAAGAAGCGUGCUGGUGGAGUCCCCUGUCUCUCUUUCUGUCUCUCCCGGCGUCAUCUCUCUCUCCCCUGCUCUCUCAGAGCAGCCCACUGCGUCUGUGUCCUCCGCUCCGCCCACCCUGGCCCGUAAAGCCGGAGGUGUUGGAGGAGGAGCCAAAAAAGGCAAGAAGAAAAAAGAUCCCAACGAGCCCCAGAAGCCAGUUUCGGCUUAUGCGUUGUUCUUCCGCGAUACGCAGGCAGCUAUCAAGGGCCAGAACCCCAAUGCCACGUUUGGAGAGGUGUCCAAGAUCGUCGCCUCCAUGUGGGACAGUCUGGGAGAGGAGCAGAAGCAGGUCUACAAGAGGAAGACUGAAGCUGCUAAGAAGGAGUAUCUUAAAGCGCUGGCAGCUUACAGAGCCAGUCAGCUAUCACAGCCCACUAUUGAGGUGCUGGACACGGCGCCUUCUCCACCCGCCGCGCCUGUCGUGACUCCCGCCCCUGAGGCUCCACCCCCUCAGCCAACGCCCACACGCUCUAACCGCAUCCCGGUGCACGCCCCCGACAACAACACCAUCACCAACAUUUGCACGUCGAACAUCAUCAUCGACUUGCCGCAGGUGACCACACGCUCUCGCACAGGUGCCCACAAGCCGCCCGCUUCCUCGGCUCCGCCCACCGCACCGACCCCAACUCUGCCCACAGUCACCAAGAUCAUCAUCCCCAAGCAGCCUUCGGCCCGCCAGCCGCCACCCCUGCAGCAGAUGCAGAACACGCCGCCGCCCCCACGCCUCCAGCAGAUGGUGCAUUCUGUCGCCCCACCACCGCUCCAGGCCAAACCUCGCGGAGGGGGUGCAAUCGGCCAGGCCACCGCCCCUGUUGCUGCCACACCCCCUCCUCCGCUGCAGAUCAAGAUCGUCCCUGCCCCUGCACAGGCAGAUGUGGCCACACCCAUUAUUGUGACUAGCACCACGGAGGCACCCGCAGAUGCCUCCGCCAUGGAGGUGGAAGUGGCGCAACCUGCCACUAUAGUCACCACAGAAGCAGAGGAAGGGAUGGAGGUGGAGCUGAACAGCUCUCCAGCGCAUGAGGUGGCUCCCCCUGCAGGUCCUGCUGUGUGUGUGCGUGCCGGCUGCAACAACCCGCCUGUGGAAAGCAAAGACUGGGACAGAGAGUACUGUAGCAACGAGUGUGUGGCGACACACUGCAGGGACGUGUUUAUGGCCUGGUGUGCGAUCAGAGGACAGAACUCCACCACCGUCACUUAAAACCCAGCGCACCAGCCGUGGAGCGAGCCAGGGAUGGAGGCAAAGAGGGAGAGAGAACGUGGCAUCUGUAUUUAUACAUAGGAAAGACUUUGAGAAGAAUAUUUUUGAUUCAGUUCUUGUUAUCACUACUUCCAUCUCAAGCUAACAGUGAAUGUGAUGAUUUUAAAGGGAUAAGUUGACCAGUCAGCACCGGUAUGGCUGACUGUGCAUACAGUUAUUAGCUGUACUGAUGAGCUACAUGACUGAGCUAUCCAUUUGAGCACAAAAGUGAAGACUGAGACCACAUUUCAUUCCUUUGGAGUAUUAAAAACCCAUAUUAAAAAAAAUCGUUAAAUUUAGCAAUUUUAGGGCGGAAAUAAAGCCUUGGAAGGUUUGGAAAGCAACCAUAAAAUGAAUGGUACGGAGAAUUUGAAAAAUGUGACCUAAAUAGUUUUCAGUUAUUAGUUCAGUCUCCUUCCAAAAUUUGUGCACCCAGCAUGUACAAAAAAAAAAAAAAAAAACCACUUUUUUUUUUUUUUUUUCUCUCUCAACGAGUUAAGUUCCAUGUGGAGUGGAGACAAUAUUAAAAAUGUUGAAAAAAUAUGUAUGAUUUUCACAUGGUUCACCAAAAAGGCACUACAUUUUUGAUCUGCCAAUGAGAUAAAUAUGAUGGAAGCUGGCGUUAUAAAAGGACAAGUGCCAGACUUUUUAAAGUUAAAAUUAAUUUCAGUCUUUCCGAAACAUGCAGUUGUAUUUGCAAUUAUGCAGAAUGAGUUUGAUGUGUUUGUGAGUUCAUGGAGGAGGAAAAGGCUCAGAAAUGUCAGAUGUGAAGGACAAGCUCUGUUAAGUACAGCUGUAAUAUUGUGGCUGUCAUUUCUCACCCGCGUAAGGACAUUACAUUUUAAAGAUUUCCAGACUCGGAUCAUGACAUACACACAAAACCUCAGAUUGUGGAUCGUUACUCUAGGGGAAACAUUUACAUGGGUAAGAUACAAUAUUUUGAACAAUGAAACGCUAGAUGUUUGUUCUUUUUUUUUUUUUUUUUUUUUUUAAUAUGAUGUACUGCUACAUGAACAAGAUCAGUGUUUUAUAUUCCAGGAUGGAGUUUGUUCCUUAUUUUGCAACCAGCAGGAGACAGUAGUGUUGGAGACAAAUUGCAGAAUUUCUACAUUAUAUUCUGUUACAGAACAUUUCCUUUUUAGUGACUUGCAUCAGUGGAGUAGACAUUUUCAUGUUAAAUAAACAUCAAGCACGAGUCACUUGUGUUUUGCGUGUUGCUUCUCUAUGAAAAGAGACAACUGUACUCAAUGUCAAUAAAAUAAGUGUAUGUGAUUGUAA